CGGAGAGGCCCGUUGCGCCCGUGAGCCCAUCCGUGCGUUCCCGGUCGGCAGCGGCGGAGCCGGGCUCGGAGCCGCGAGCGCCGCGCGCCCAUGGCGAGCAACAACACGGCGAGCAUCGCGCAGGCGCGCAAGCUCGUGGAGCAGCUGAAGAUGGAGGCCAACAUCGACAGGAUAAAGGUGUCCAAGGCGGCGGCCGACCUCAUGGCGUACUGCGAGGCGCGCGCCAAGGAGGACCCGCUCCUGACGCCCGUGCCGGCCUCGGAAAACCCCUUCCGGGAGAAGAAGUUCUUCUGCGUGAUCCUGUAGCGCCGCGAGGAGCCUCCCCGGCGCGGGGCCGCCCUGAACGCUGACGCAAAGGGGUUUUUUUUUUAGGAAUGGGGGGGACAACUUGGUAGUCCACUGAAUUUAAGCCAACACACACAAAAAUACGUAGCAAAAACCGAAAUAAUCAGUAAAAUCCGCGGGCUGGGCACAGCGAGGUGCAUGUUUAGAGACCCCGGCCACCUUCGGGGCAGUGAGACGAUCCGCCUUGCGAGGCGAAAGUCUGCAGAGUUGCCUAGAGAGGGGGGAGAAAAAAAAGCAAACAAAAAUAAUAAAGAAUAAACGUGUGUCGCUCUUCUGCUCCCCAAACUCRUUCCGUUGUUCCGUAUUUGAAGCCCUCGAGCUGCGCUGAGCAAAGCGAGUUGCUGAGGAUGUGCGUAACCGUCUUGGAAUGAUAUUGUCGGGGUUUUUUCCUCUUUUUUUUUCUUUCCAAAUAGGAUUUUUUAAUUAUUAUUAUUAAUUAUUAUUAUUUAAGUUGUCGGGUAUAUAGCAACAGGCUUAGCUCGCUGUGGUGUUCCUUAAUGUUGGCUCUUGUGCUGAUUUUCAUUCCGUUCGGGCAUGCGGGGAGCGCGGGGCCGGCRCGCGAGGCCGGAUCCCGCUUCCCGGC